AUGUUCACCAAGUGGGCGGAGGUACAGCCACUACGUCGACAAGAUGCAGCGAGCGUAGCAGCCGCACUGACCAAGAUCUGCUGCCGGUGGGGCCCGCCGUCUGUCAUUCGCAUGGACAAUGGCACUGAGUUCCGGAACGCGGUCGUAGCAGCCCUCCUGGAACAGUUUGGUGUGGUGGUGAAAACGGGUGCAGUUCGACAUCCUCAAUCACAAGGAGGGGUUGAACGGCUCAACCGUACAAUCAUCGGUCUCCUGCGUAAGGCGCUCGAGGAAACCAGUGACUGGACGUCUGAGCUGGAGUUGGUACUGUUCUACUACAAUAGACGUCGCCAUGCUACAACCGGAAUAUCGCCAAGGCUGGCCAUCACAGGCUGGGAAGGGCGCGACCUAGUAAUUGAUCACGACCCGACAGCAUACAGCGCCAGUGAAUGGGUGGACCGACUCGCUGGGCGCGCUGCUCGGAUUCGAGACCUUGUUGAGUCGCUACUGUCCUCGAAUGACUCUGUGUCAGGCGGUCCAACAGAGUCACCAUACCGUGUCGAUGAUCCGGUGAUGCUACGUCGCCCAGAGCGGAGUCAGAAGCUCAUGACGCCAUAUGAGAGUGGCUGGACGGUGCUGAAGAUAGUCUCGCCAUCGACCCUGGUGAUCCAGCAUGCUGACGGCAGAGAGAAGGUCGUGAACGUUGAUAUCGUCAAGCCUGGACACGCCCAGUAG